AUGUCUUCACCACGCCCAUCCUCUCCCACCUCUCCCCCAGCUUCCGCAGGCGUGAGCAGCGGACGAAACUUAUCACCACCUGGCGGACCUAAGACUGCCAUAAGAAGAAAAGCGGCGGCGGACAGAGCCGAUAAAGUUGCGAAUGCGAGGCCGACGAGCACAAGGGCGGCAGGGGCUGGAGGAAGCUCCAGUACUAUGCUACGAUUAUACACCGAUGAGUCCCCUGGACUCAAGGUGGACCCGGUAGUAGUGCUUGUGCUUUCCCUGGGGUUCAUCUUCAGCGUUGUCGCCUUACAUAUCAUCGCCAAGGUCACUCGAAAAUUCUCAUCGUAG